AUGCCAGUGAGGUGUGGAACGGAAAUAGCUCCAGCUUAUGCACAAAGAACGGAUGUUGCUCAGCUGAUAAAUUCAGAUUUUCAUAUUCAUAUUUCACCACCUCAAUCACCCAGCGACGGCAGCAGCAGUGAUCAACGUGUAUUGGUUAGUGAAAAUGUUGUACCGGUCACUGCUACCACCCCAACUGGACAAGAGAAUUCUAUACAUAGAGGAGUUCCUGAACAGAAUUGGGCCGGAUUUGUAAAUUAUCAACGGCUUGGUCUCAAUGAUAACUUGGUAAUGACUGCGGGUAGUCUUCAAGCUGAAUUUCCACCAGGAGACUAUACAAUAGAUGAAUUACUAAUAAAACAUAUGAAUAAUCGCAUUCCAAUGACUGAACCGGUUUACGCUGAAGCAAACGUAACAAAAGCAUGGCGUUUUCGACCAAAACGUUUUACGGUUGUUUGCGUUUCGGGGGAACUGUUAGGGGUAGCAACUCGAGAUUCGUGA